UGAUGUUUUUGAGUAAAAACGUCUCGAGAAUUUUAACAGUGGUUAUCGGUGCAUUCUAGAGUAAUCGCGCGGGGUGUUUUAGCCUCCGGAGUACUGGCGAUAGGAUAUCUAAGAGGGGUCAUAGGUGAAUUGAUCGAAAUUGACCAACGAGUAGGCAUGGCUCAGUGUCCCUACCAGAGCUUCGAACCGGUCGAGGCUUGCAUACAGCGCGAUGUAGACUAUUGUGAGUUUAAUGACGAGGACGAAAUGGUGACGACCGAGCGCGAGUUGGCUGAGGACGCACAGUGGAAAAAAAUCCAGCAAAACACCUUUACGAGAUGGGCCAACGAGCAUCUGAAGACUGUGGAAAAGCACAUCGCAAACUUGGAGACUGACCUUAGUGAUGGAUUAAGACUAAUCACCCUGAUCGAAGUCCUAGCAGGGAAACGUCUGCCCAAACACAACAAGAAGCCCUCGUUCCGUUCGCAAAAACUAGAAAACGUCUCGGUGGCCCUCAAAUUCCUGCAAGACGACGAGGGAAUUAGAAUUGUUAAUAUCGAUUCAAGUCACAUUGUAGAUUGUAAAUUAAAAUUAAUAUUAGGUUUAAUAUGGACUUUAAUUCUGCAUUACUCUAUAUCGCUGCCCAUGUGGGAGGGCGAAGACGAUUUGAACAACAGCGGAUCAGAACCCACACCGAAGCAGAGGCUGAUGAACUGGAUACAAUCGAAAUUGCCAGACUUGCCAAUACAUAAUUUCACCACAGACUGGAACGAUGGUAAAGCUGUAGGAGCCUUAGUUGAUGCCGUAGCACCAGGUCUUUGCCCCGACUGGCCGGAUUGGGACCCGAAAGAUUCUGUCGAAAAUGCUUCCGAAGCAAUGGGACUUGCAGACGACUGGUUGAACGUCCCACAGUUGAUCAAACCUGAAGAAAUAGUUAACCCUAAUGUCGACGAACAAUCCAUGAUGACCUACCUAUCGCAAUUCCCUAACGCAAAACUAAAAACCGGAGCCCCUCUGCGACCAAGAACUAGCCCAAACAAAGUAAGAGUUUACGGUCCUGGAAUUGAACCCACGGGGCCUGUUGUCGGAGCUCCGGCUAACUUCACCGUUGAAACCUUCUCCGCUGGUAAAGGCCAAGUUGACGUUAUCGUAGAAAACCCGAAAGGACAGCGAGAACCGGUUGAAGUACGCUUUAACAACGACAGAAACCUAACGUACUCGGUCGCGUACACGCCCCAGUUGGAAGGGAGUCACAAAGUCUCCGUUAGAUUCGCCGGUCGCGAGGUCCCGAAGAGUCCCUACAACGUAAAAGUCGAAGGUCAUGCUGGAGAUCCAACGAAAGUGACCGCCUCAGGGCCCGGGCUUCAACCAGACGCGGUUUGCGUCAACAGACCGACGUAUUUCGACAUUUCGACCAAAAAUGCGGGCAAAGGUGUUCCUGAGGUCAUCAUUCUAGAUCCAUCCGGAAACAAAAAUUCCGUUCCCGUUAGCGUGCGCCAAACAACUCCCGACGUCUGGAGGUGCGAAUACCUAUCGCCGAUCAUCGGUCUACAUUCCGUUAACAUUUUCUUUGCUGGGCAACCCAUUCCAAAAAGUCCGUUCGGUGUUCGAGUGUCUCCUGUUUCUGACGCGAAGAAAGUCAGAGCUAGUGGGCGAGGGCUGCAACCUGCUGGGGUUAGAGUGAAAGAUGACGCCGAUUUCAGAAUAUACACGGAAGGAGCGGGUGAAGGGGUUCCUGAUGUUCAAAUUAUUGGUCCCGGAGGGAUUAAAGAACCCUGCAAGAUCACUAAAAUCGAUGGUACCACCUACAACGCCGUGUACCAUCCGAUGAAAGAAGGAAGAUACAGGGUCAUGGUGACGUUCGCCGGACAGGAGAUAUACAAGUCGCCGUUUGAAGUCAACGUAGGUCCGUACAAAGAAACGCUCAUUCGGGCUUACGGACCAGGAUUAAAUGGAGGCGUCGUCGGGUACCCGGCCUUGUUCACUGUAGAAACGAAUGGAGAAACCGGAGCCUUAGGAUUUAGUAUCCAAGGGCCUUCGCAAGCUAAGAUUGAAUGCCAUGAUAACGGAGACGGAUCUGCUGACGUUAGGUACUACCCCACGGCUCCGGGAGAAUACGCCGUACACAUACUAUGUGACACCGAAGACAUUCCGAAAAGCCCUCACAUUGCUCAAAUUUUACCCAACACGGACUACUACCCCGAGAAGGUUGAAAUUUAUGGACCGGGAAUUGAACCAUCUGGAGUCCAGAAAGACGUCCCUGCUAAAUUUACAAUAGAUGCUAGGAAGGCCGGAUCUGCGCCUCUUGACGUACGAGUAACAGAUGUUAAUUGCAAAUCUGUUGAUGUUAAGUUGACUCAAAGACCAGACGGAACGGUUGAAGCAGUUUACGUUCCACAUGGAGGAAAUCGGCAUACUGUUCAAGUCAAUUAUGGUGGCGUCUCUGCGAAGAACUCUCCUUUCAGGGUUUACGUCGGGGAACCUCUUGAUGCUUCAAAAGUUCACUGCUUUGGACCGGGAGUACAAGACGGUGUUAAAGCAAACACGCCUACUCAUUUUAAUAUAGAUGCAAGAGAUGCCGGUGAAGCUGAUUUGGACGUCCACUUAGUGAACGAGGAGACCCGACAGGAGAUCCCAGUUAAAUUAACCGAUAAUGGUGAUAGGACGUAUACUGUAGAUUACGAAACGCAUUUGUCAGGAACUCAUACCGUAACUCUUCAUUAUGGUGGUAUGAGGGUUCCGAGUACCCCUUUGAAGUUUAAAGUGCAUCCCAACGUCGAUGUGUCCAAGAUUAAGGUUGAUGGAUUGGAACCAACGGCCCCCGUGAAUAGUUUACAACAGUUCCGUGUUAUCACACAAGACGCAGGUAAAGCGGAAUUUGCCAUUUCGAUAACUAGUCCGUCUGGAAGUAAAGUCAAAGCUCACGUUAUCCCCACCCAUGAGGGUUACUUAGUAAACUUCACUCCAACUCAGUUGGGUGAAUAUUUAUUAGGGAUUUCGUUCGGUGGUGAACCUAUUUCGCACAGACCUUUCAGACUGACGUGUCUGACUGGAAGUGACCCCUUGAAAGUGAAAGCGUCAGGUCCUGGUUUACAUAGAGGAAUAGUAAACAGACCUGCUGAAUUUAUGAUAGAUACUAGAGGGGCAGGUCAAGGUGGGUUAGGUGUUACAGUUGAAGGACCUUGCGAAGCGGCUAUUAACUGUCGAGAUAAUGGCGACGGAACGUGUUCCGUUGCCUAUUUACCUACCGAAAUAGGUGAUUAUGGAAUUAACAUCACGUUUAACGACGAACACAUCCCCGGUAGUCCGUUUCAAGCAAUUAUUGUCCCUGAGGUCGAUAUGAACAAAAUUAAAGUGUCUGGAAGUGGAAUACAGUUACAUGGUGUCUUCGUCGAGUCACCCACCGAUUUCUUAGUCGAUACUAGAGGUAUCCCCAAAACUGCCGACGACGGCAAAGUUACUUGCACAAUCACCAACCCCUCCGGGGCUCAAACCGAAAACUUAGUCACCCCUUUGUUAGACGGUACUUACAAAGUUAGCUAUACGCCUUUUGAAGAAGGCAGACACACUAUUGAUAUCUUCUACGAUAAUGUUCCCGUCCCCGGAUCACCCUUCAUUGUUAACGUACGAAGAGGCUGCGAUGCUAAAAAAUGUGUAGCAUCCGGUCCGGGAUUAGAGCAAGGGUACUUAAACAAAUCUAACGUUUUCACUGUCGAAACGAAAGGUGCCGGAACCGGCGGACUUUCCCUUGCGAUCGAAGGUCCAUCCGAGGCUAAAAUGACUUGCAAAGAUAAUAGAGACGGUUCGUGUUCCGUGGAGUACAUCCCGACGGAACCUGGAGAGUACGACGUUGCUAUUAAGUUCGCGGAUCAACACAUUUCGGGGUCACCCUUCAAGGUUCAAGUCGUGCCUGACAUUGACGAAAAGUUGGUUCGGGCGUACGGUCCAGGUCUAGAAGCCUCGAAUUGUAGAUCUGGUAUUCCUACGAAGUUUACGAUAGACGCGUCGAAAGUAGGCAUGGCCAAAGUGGCUGUUAACAUCACCUCUGACCAAAAACCACUUUCGAGAAGACCGGAUGUUAAAAAUAACGGUGAUGGAACCUUUGAAGUGUCUUAUGUCCCGCCAAAUGAAGGGGCGAAUCUUAAGGCCCAGAUUACUUACGACGGGAAAGAUAUUCCCAAUAGUCCAUUCCCGAUUAAGGUCAGGCCAAAGGUGGAACCCGAAAGGGUCAAAUUGAGUGGACCUUCUAUAGAUGAGAAUGGUGUGCCUGCAUCCAUUCCUACUACCAUUAAAAUCGACACCAAGGAUGCGGGCUACGGCGAUCUAGACGUGCAAAUUUUGGGUCCCGAUGGGAAUCUCCGACCUGUCAAAGUUACUGAUAAUGGGGACGGCACAUACAGCGCGACCUACGUGCCCGAUGAUUGCGGUAGAUACAAGAUUGAUGUUAAAUAUGGAGGCAAAGAGGUUACGAAGACGCCUAUACCUGUUCAAGCUUAUGCCAUUGGAAAUGCAGAGAAGUGUAAAAUUACCGAGGGUUUGGAGAAAACUUUGUCCAGCGGCGAGUCGUAUUGUAUUACCGUGAACACCGAAAAUGCAGGAACGGGCGCUGUCACCUGCAGGAUUCGUUCGACUAGUGGAAGUGAUUUGGAUAUUAACAUUGUGGAUAACGGAGACGGGACCGUAAAUAUUUAUUACACCGUGAAGGAUGCUGACGAUUACACUAUCAACAUCAAAUUCGGCGGACAACCGAUUCCGGGUGGAUUCUACACAUUCACGGCCGAGGAAGUUAGCAAAUCUGAGAAAACUAGCGUUAGUCAUUCGCAGACCGAUUCGGUUGUCAAGAAAACUUCUACUACCACUUCUCAGUCGAAGCAGACCUUCAGACCUCUCAAUUUUGACAACAUACCCUUGCCGAGCACCGGGGGACACGUCACAGCCGAGAUCAAAAUGCCAAGCGGAAACGUCGACAAGCCCAUAAUCGAAGAUAACCACGAUGGUACCGUUUCCAUCCGUUAUGACCCGCGCGAAGAGGGUCUGCACGAACUAGCCGUGAAAUUCAACGGUGAGCACGUCCAAGGUUCCCCGUACAAAAUCCACGUCGAUUCCAUCAGUUCGGGUUACGUUACCGCUUACGGUCCGGGUUUGACCCAUGGAGUGUCCGGUGAACCCAGCAACUUCACCAUUUCCACGAAAGGUGCAGGAGCUGGCGGCCUUUCCAUGGCUGUUGAAGGACCAAGCAAGGCAGAAAUCAGCUGUCAUGACAACAAGGAUGGUACCGUUUCCGUUUCCUAUCUUCCGACGGCACCAGGCGAAUACAAGAUUUCCGUACGAUUUGGCGACAAGCACAUCAAAGGGUCACCCUUCAACGCGAAGAUCACGGGUGAAGGCCGCAAACGUAACCAGAUUUCGGUAGGUUCCUGUAGCGAGGUGUCUCUACCUGGGAAGAUUUCUGACGCCGAUAUUCGUUCGCUGAACGCGUCUAUUCAAGCACCGAGCGGGUUGGAAGAGCCGUGUUUCUUGAAACGACUACCAACUGGGAAUAUUGGAAUUUCAUUCACCCCUAGAGAAAUAGGAGAGCAUAUCGUUUCAGUCAAAAAAUUAGGGAACCAUAUUACUAACUCACCUUUCAAGAUUAACGUAUGCGAGAGGGAAGUCGGUGAUGCCCGUAAGGUCAACGUUUCUGGAAACGCCUUAAAGGAAGGCAAGACCCACGUGCAGAAUACCUUCAACGUGGACACAAGAAACGCCGGAUUUGGCGGUCUUUCUCUUUCAAUUGAAGGACCGAGUAAAGCCGAAAUACAAUGUAACGACAAUACUGAUGGUACGUUGAACAUUUCUUACAAACCCACGGAACCCGGGUACUACAUCGUUAAUUUGAAAUUCGCCGAUCAUCAUGUGAACGGGUCUCCGUUCACGGUCAAGGUUACCGGAGAAGGUACUAACAGGCAAAGAGAAAAGAUCCAAAGACAACGCGAAGCCGUUCCGAUCACCGAAGUCGGUAGUCAGUGCAAACUAACAUUCAAGAUGCCCGGAAUUACAUCGUUCGAUCUUAGCGCUACCGUUACAUCCCCUGGUGGCGUAACCGAAGACGCUGUCAUUAAUGAGGUUCAAGAUGGUCUCUACGCCGUCCACUUCGUCCCGAAAGAGUUGGGCGUGCACACCGUUUCCGUUAGAUACAAGGACAUCCACAUCCCCGGUUCUCCAUUCCAAUUCACCGUCGGCCCGUACCGUGAUCACGGCGCUCAUUUGGUAAAGGCAGGCGGUGCUGGUUUGGAAAGAGGCGAACAAGGCGAACUCAAUGAAUUCAACGUAUGGACCAGAGAGGCCGGCAGUGGUCAACUUGCCAUUUCCGUAGAAGGACCUAGUAAAGCCGAAAUUAACUUCACUGAUCGCAAAGAUGGAUCCUGUGACGUUUCAUACCGAGUUUCGGAACCAGGUGAAUACCGUAUCGGAUUGAAGUUCAACGACGAACACGUGCCGGACUCACCCUUCAAGGUUUACAUUUCACCGGCCGUAGGCGACGCCCACUUACUCGAAGUGGCUCAAUUCCCAGAGGGGUACAUCCAGGCUGACAAACCCUCUCAAUUCAUCGUUCGCAGAAACGGUGCCAAGGGCAAUCUCGACGCCAAGAUCAUCGGUCCCUCUGGCAACGAGGAUGACUGCUUCGUCCAGAUCAUCGACAUGGAAGAAUAUUCCGUCCGCUUCAUGCCUCGCGAGAAUGGCAUUCAUAAAAUCCAUGCGAAAUUCAAUGGAGUGCACAUCCCUGGAUCUCCAUUUAGCGUCAAAGUGGGCAAAGAUACAGCAGAUCCCGCUGCCGUACACGCUGCUGGAGCAGGUCUCGGUGAUGUCAAAACAGGGGUCAAGACCGACUUUAUCAUCGACACUGUCAACGCUGGAGCUGGUACUUUAGCUGUCAACAUCGACGGUCCGAGCAAAGUGUCAAUGGAUUGUACGGAAGUUGAAGAAGGGUACAAAGUAAGGUACACGCCGCUGGCCCCCGGUGACUACUACGUCAGUAUUAAAUACAACAAUAACCACAUAGUAGGGUCACCGUUCAAAGCGCAAAGCAAAGGUGAUGCGAAGGUUGCCGACAUCGGUGGUCAAGAAUCGUCUUCGGUUGUGGUGGAAACAACAGCGAAAGUAGGAAAGGGCGCGAAUUCCAACAAACCAGUGCUGCCGCACUUCAAGAGUAACGCCACGAAGGUUACAUCUAAAGGUCAAGGUCUGAAGAAGGCGUAUCUCGGGAAGCAGAAUCAGUUUACGGUCUCGGCUCAAGAUGCCGGUACUAAUAUUCUUUUCGUCGGAGUUCACGGACCCAAGGGACCUUGUGAGGAAGUCUUUAUCAAACACCAAGGGCGCAACCAGUACGCCGUUAGUUACGUAGUGCGAGAAAGAGGCGAUUACAUCGUCAUUAUCAAGUGGGGAGAUGAUCAUAUUCCAGGUUCUCCAUUCAAAGUAGAAGUUUAGAUUUUAAAUCUUGAAAUUUAUUUUAAGUUUUUUCAUUACUUUUUUCUUGAAACGGUUCGGUGGAAAAUUGAAAUGUUUUUGUAAAUACUUGACUUCUUUUAAAACUUGUUUUCCACUAACCAGUACAUGGUGCCUUAUUAUUUUAAGAUACGAUAUAAUUUUUAUCAAUAUGUAGUAAGUUAUUCUUAAAUCAUAAUUAGUAAUUUUCAUAUAUGCAACAGUUAUUUUAUCAUACUAUUGGUAUUUUCCUUUUUCAGUUAAAUGUUAUUUUACUACAAUAAAUUUAUGCAUAAAA